GUUCAAGCAUUGUGAUUUGUGCUUUUUAGCUACUAGUCAAUAACAGAAGUUGCGUAUGCAAUAAUUUUCAAUGAGUUGCAUCGCAAACAAUGAAACAACAGAUUUAUUAAAGUCAGAACGUAAUAAAGUUGAUAUCAUUUGAAMAAUCAUGAAACAAUGCAAAAAUGUUAUGUCUAUUGUUAUAAGAUAUAAAUAGUUAUGAUGACUGAAUGUAAAGUCCCUGUGUUUGUCAGUCCUCAAUCAUUAACUUUUAGUUUGGAGGACAAGCCAUCCCACAGGCAAAUAAUUACACUAUUUAAUCCAUACGACUUUCCAGUCAGAUUCAAAGUUUUUUGUACAUGCACAAAAAAGUAUACUGUCGUUGAACCAGAAGGUUCAAUAAAUGCUAGUUCUCGAGUGGACAUAGUUGUCAGGCACAAUGCUCCUGCGCCAGCUUUCUGCGAUAUCAGAGAUAAAUUCCGAAUACAAAUGCAAUAUUAUACAACCAAAAAAGUCAUUGGACACAAAGAUGUUGAAACAAUAUUAGUAAGGUCUUCUGACAAUUUUGAGCUACCAGCUGAAAAUUUUAAGCAAUUACUCAGAACUGAUAUAUCUGUUGAUAACUAUGAUAAUGAAUCUGAAAUAAGACAAACCACUAAUACAAAUACUCCAGGACCAAAUCUCACAACUCUAUUUAUGGCUGGUAUAUGUAUUUGCGGAUUACUUUUACCAUCAUCUGAAGAUUCAGAUAUUCUGAAAUUUCGUAUUUCUUUCAAUUUAAAAUUAGCAUUAGCUUUUGUUUUGGGUAUGACUACAAUAACAAUAUUACAACAUCAAUAGUCCACAGGGAUAUUUUUACUAACACAUCCGCUUGUUGACAAUAGUUUUGAAACUGAUUUGUACUCAAUAUGCAUGUUUCCAUUAUUAGUUGUAACUUAUAAGAUAUUAAUUUACUCUAAAAGCAUUAAUCUAYUUAAUAGAUUUAUGUGCUAUGCUUUUAUUUUACAUUUUAUUGUUUUGAUGUAAUUUAUUAUUGAUUAUAGUUUUAAGAUCUAUUAUUUUUCAAACCUUAUAACCAACCUUCAAGAAUUUCAAAGCCAUACAAUUUGCACUAAUAGGUAAAUAAAUGUAUUAAAGCUAUAAUACAUUUUUGUUUGGACAAACACUGCCGCCAUAUUUUUAAUCUCUUAUCCACCACUAGAUGAUUGGGUUGUAAAAAAAAAUUGUAUAUAAUAAAUUGUAUUUUUAUUUAUGUUUAUUU